GAGGGACUUUUUGCCCUCUGCUCCCGGGCCCCUCAGGCAGCCACUCCCGUGGGCACACGCCCAGGAGCUGCUUCUGCCCCGUGCUCGCUCCCUCUGCCUUUCACUUCCCAGCUGCCAAGAUCUUGGAAGCUUUGAAGCUCAGCAAAGAAGGGAAAUCCAUUGAGAACAGUCUGUAAAGAAUGUGAGCCACAGCGCAAGGACUUUACUGUGGAUUGUUCAGUACUGUUUCCCCAGUGCACGGAACAGUGGCUCUAGGAAGUAUGUGUUGAAUCAAUGUUGAAUGAAAUGCCUGAAGAAGCCUGAAGUUGUAUUGUAGCCCAGAAUUAAGUUAAAACAGAAUCUCUGAACCCCCAGCAUGGAUGGAAAACCAGCAUCGUUUGCCGUAGAGUAACAAUAUAUCAAUACUGCAUAUGGUAUCCCAGGACUGCCUGCUUGCCGAGACCCUCUGUAAAACUCCAUGCACCCUGCUGUUGAGCGCUCUGAGGAGGUAACAGUAUUCAGAGAGAAUUCAAACCGUGAUGAAAUGUCAUUCAGAUUCGGCCAACAUCUCAUCAAGCCCUCUGUGGUGUUUCUCAAAACAGAACUGUCCUUCGCCCUGGUGAACAGGAAACCUGUGGUACCUGGACAUGUCCUCGUGUGUCCCCUCCGGCCAGUGGAGCGUUUCCGAGACCUGCGUCCCAAUGAAGUGGCCGACCUGUUUCAGGCAGCACAGAGAGUCGGGACGGCAGUGGAGAAGCAUUUCCAGGGCACCUCUCUCACCUUUUCCGUGCAGGAUGGCCCCGAAGCCGGACAAACUGUGAAGCAUGUUCACAUCCACGUUCUCCCAAGGAAGGCUGGAGACUUUCACAGGAAUGACAGCAUCUAUGAUGAGUUUUCUUCUCCAAAGCUCCAGAAACAUGACAAAGAGAAGGAGGACUCCCCAACCUUGUGGAGAUCGGAGGAGGAGAUGGCAGCCGAAGCUGCGGCGCUGCGGGGCUACUUUCAGUGACGCAGGCACCAAAGGAACUCAAACAAAUCCCAAGGCAUAAGGAAAUGGGCCUCGUGCUUAGGACCCUGCGGCACUGAAAAUGAAGCUAAGCAGCCUUUAUUACAUCCUUCAAUUCGACACAACCUUUUGCAAAGCAUUUUAUUAUGCUUGUGGAAGCAAUCGGGGUUAUGUUUCAAUCACAAUGACUGACAGGCUGCCUUCAAAACGACGGCACCCGUGGCCCUUCCACACUUCCUUGGCUAUGUACUUAGAAUAGAACCUUUUCUAAAUUGUCCCUUGGCCUGGAUGGAAAUAAAA